GAUACCUGUUCACUCGAGCUGGUGUUUAGCUUCUACUCGUUAGAACUGCGUUUUUUUUUCUUCUGUACUCGCUUCUCAUCAUUUUCAUUUCUUUCUUUUUUCUUUUUGAUACUGUAGCUGUUGGUGUAAGCGAUCAGAAUAGUUCUGCGUGCGCGCUUGUUUUUCUUCUCUUGUCUUGCUCUUUUUCUCCUUCAUCUCACACGCAAACAUUUACGUUUAAUCUCGCAAAUUGCCAUUCACCCUUCAGCGCUUUAUAGCCUUCCUGUCGUUGCCUUCGUGUUUUAUCUAUUUAUAUAUAUAUAUAUAUACUCUGGUGAGAACUGUUGAACGUCGUCUUUUAUUGGACACUGUCGAAGCAGUCACCUCAUUUGUGUGUGUGUGUGUGUUUUUCCGCAUUUUCAGACGCACACGUACGCACAGGUACAUUGGAAGGCGUGUGUUGUAAUUACAGCCGUACACGUUGGUUCUAUCCGAUAUCGCACUCUACAAUCUGUGAAAAGACAAUCGUUUCGUUCUUGUCGUUUAUUGAUUACUGCGCCUUCGUCGAUCUUCUUCUUUUUGUUUUUGUUUUCCUGUUUUCGUGAUUCUUGUGUGCGUGCUCCUAUCAGCAACAGCAACAGCAACAGCACACCCAUUCGUGCCGCACGCUGUUUUAAAACAGUUAUACGUAACGGUGUGGAGAGACAAAGGUAGAAGGGAAAAAACGUAUUGCAUCUAACUGGAUCUUUUUCGGUGAACCGAUCGACACGGAGAUUUCGAAAACGAAGUGUCACGGCCGACGUCGCUUUUUUUUAUUUCGCUGUUGUGUUCUUCUUGCUUCGUCUCAUUCUGCUGAUCGGCUGUACCACGGUUUCGCAUCUUCGUGUACGACCUUUCCUUACUCCGACCAUCGCAGUGUCAUUUAAGGCCCUUUUUGUUGUUGUUGUUAUUGGUUUUGUUUGUUUUUUUGGACGUGCCUGAAACAUACUGACACGCGCACCCUUUGUGGAUUCCGUUUUUCUACGGUGCUUCACGCGCGUUGUCCAGCAAAUUCUCUUCUCUGUUUUCCCUUUCUGUUUGAUGUUUGUUGCAGUCGACGUUGUGUGUGAUCUCCCUCAAUUCUACCACGUCGUAAACGCGUGCACCUCGCUGCGUAAACACGGUCUUCCUUAGCGCUAAUUUAAUAUCUGCGUGGUUGGCGCCUAACGACCGUUUCUUCGAUUUUGGUGUAAGCUUCCAGUUGAAGCUUUUUUUUAGUACAUAAUUUCUUUUUUCUGAGUAAAACUUAGGUGAACUGGGAAACGAGAACGAAGAAUACCAUCUCCGAGAAAGAUGUCCGUUCACUCUGCGAACUCGUCGCGCAGCAAGAAGAUGCGUUCCAAGAAGUGGGACACCAUCCAAAUCCCCUCCAUCGAUGAGUUGGAGUUGAUGACGGAGGCGGAAAUUCAGAAAAUGACGCUACCGGUCGGGUUCUGCGUCCGUUUCUUCUGCCACGACAUGGACCACCUCUUCACGGUGGCCUCCGGACAGGUGAAGGUCACCCGCGGUGUUCUCGACUACCUGCACGACUACAACCAACUCGGCCCGAACAAGAGCCGCAACAAGCUCUUCGUCUGCUCGCAGUACAACAGGACGAAGGAGUGCCUGAACGGGUCGCUCUGUCGCGAGGUGCACUGCGCCCUGAAUGUCGAUGACGCGGAGGACGCGCUCAAGUACCAAGUGCCAAGCAACGCCACGGGUGCCCCGAACGUCGUCACGCUCGCGUCGGCGGAGGAUAUCCUGACGAAGAAGCUCAACGAGCCUCUUACGGCCGGGACGGCGGUGCCGGCCUUCAGCACAGUAGACGACUCGAACCCCCUCGAAUCAAUUGUGGGGGGCGGGGGGGCGACAGACAUCGGCACAUGCAUCUACAUGCCGGACGGCCUCAUUCUGCGACACUCCCUUCACACACGGUGGACGUCCACAAAGACGUACCCGACGUUGCCGCCCGGGGUGGAGUUCCGCGUUGCGCUACCCAACACGCCGACGCCGGUCGACGCCUACGACAGCAGCGUGCUCUUCGUCACACGCGGCGCGCAGGAGUACUACAACCAGUGCAAGCGUAACGAGCAGCCUGCCGUGACAAUGCAGCACUGCGCACACUACUCCAAGAACGGCAUCUGUUGUUUUGGCGAGGACUGCCAGUUCGUGCACGUCGUACACUACAAGGUGCACGACCGCGCCGAGGGCUCCUUCUCGGACCCCGAGGCGCUGUCCCUCUGCAGCUCCAGCGCGAACAGCGAGAGCGGCCGUCGUCGCAGCACCCGCCGCGGCAGUGUCCGGACCCGCGAGACACCGCUGACGACGAGCGGACGUGACAAGAAGGGCGACUCGCUCAGCUCCUCGCGCUCGUCGAGCUCCAGCCACGACCCCCUCACACCACACCAGAGGCCGCUCGGCACCUCCAUCAACAACGUGCAGGCGGGCCCGCCGAACAAGACCGUUUUUGUGCCGUCGGCCAGUGGGUGGCAGCCGAUGAACGCCGCCCCCGGCAGCCUGCCGCCGCCGCCGCCGCCGCCGCCGCACUUCGGCCAGGAGCAGAUGAUGUACCCGAUGCCUGCCCAACCGCCGCAGCUCAUGACGCAGCCUUACAUGGUGAUGCAAGGACCAAAUGGGCAGUGCUACAUCGUGCCGCAGGCGUCUCCUGGCGUGAUGCCGCAGGCCAUGCAGAACACCACUAAUCAGCCCAUGUAUGUGAUGCCGAUGCCUUUCCAAUAA